AUGCAAUCAAACCCGACUGCCGUAUCUCAACAUACGCCUUCACUUGACUCAUCCCAAGCCAAACCCAGCUCUACCCAGCAUGGAAGCGACUUCGAUGGCCGUCCAGUCUCUGACCCUCUCCAUCAUGAGAUGUCCGGAGACACUUCAGGCCUGGACGUACCGGCGCCAGGCGUGGACCAUCCGCCCCUGAACGACGCUGGAGAAGCCCCGCCAUCCCCGCCGGUAAGCCGUGUGAGUCAGUACGAAAAUGCUGGGACUCCCGGUAAAAAGGGCACUGAUCUAGCUUUUCGUGUCGUUGCUUCUACGAGCCAGUGCAUCUUGCCUCUGGAGUCUAUGCCAAACGAGGUUCUCACGCAUAUCCUGUCGCACCUGCCUCCACAGUCCCUCUCGGCCAUUACCUUAGUAUCUCGUCGAUUUCAUUCCUUGGUCACCACUCCCCAUGCCUGGAGAAUCGCCUUCUCCCGGUUCUUCCCGGGUCCCCAGGCCGCGGAGACUGGACGUCGCGUCGCAGCAGAUGAGGUGGAUUUGAUGUCGGACCGGCGAGUCUUUGCGCGACUGACCGCACUGGCUUCUUGGCGCAGUGAGUAUAUCCUGCGGACCCGGCUGAUGCGGUCAUUAUCUCGAGGCAAGCCAGCGCAAUUCCAGCCAUCUAAGAAGCAUGGAACCGUGCGCUCGGCGAACGGUCGCAACGGAAGCGCCGUUGCAACCUACACCUCGCAGUUGAUGUUCCCCGUGAGUAAAAUCCACGGAACUUUCAACAGCUCUGAUAAGGACCCAACCUUCAUCCACGGCGCCUCGGAGCAGGGUAUCUCUUCUGCUAGCGAUCCAUCGGCAGUGAAGGUGAGCACCUGGGGGCUAUCCGAUCUCCAAAUGUUCCGGCACUUUGCAGAUAUCUUUCCAGGUGAUUCACCGUACGGCCUUGGGUCAGGCGAGAUGGUUGGUGUGCCCAACUCGAUGGAUGUCAGCCAGCCGUACGGCAUGAUUUAUGGAGAGGGUUGUCCGGGCGGCCGUGGCUACUUUAUCUCGACCAUGGAGCAGCGAGGCCGCUUCCUGGGUCCUUCUGACUUGGGUUCUCAUCCUCGUUUGGGUAUUCCCGCGGUGAAGAUGAUCACGCAUUCCGUGUGUUCGGUCUGGAUUGCCAAGUCAUCGUCUAUCCUCAAGACAACCGGUGGCUUGAUUGCCAUGAUGUCUGGUUCUUCCUCUGGUGUACUCUCAGCGUAUGCGCUGGGUCCCCACCCAACGUAUGAGAAACGAUACGAACGAGGGCAAGUGACCGUUAAGUGGGUUCUGAGCCCUGGUGUUCCUAUUAUUGGCAUCGCCGUGGACAAUAAUUAUACACCGAAGCGUCAUUCCCAGCGACGGGUUUGGGCUUUUGCCCUCAAUGCCUUGGGUGAAAUUUUCUACCUCACGGAUCUCCCGAGUCAACCGGAGGUUCCCUCGACGACCAAGUUGACUGCCGAGCAGUUUGAUGAACUCGCUUGGAAGACUGGCAGAAGUGUGCGAUGGGGGCUCAUUGAAUCGAGUCGACGUACAGCACGUCCAGACCCUUUCAGUCGAGAUCCGGUUGAUGGUAGUUAUAGCCCUCGAUCCUCGUCAGAUUCGAUGCACCUUGAUGAAGAGCAGAUUGCGGCGGAGACAAAGGAAAUUGAGAAAUUUCUUUCGUACAAACCGAAGCACUUCCGCAAGGUCUGCGAAGGCUGGAAUAUGCGAUGUGAUCUCCACGUUGAUUUCGCAGGUGACGAUGGGCGCGGUUCCGGUGAAUCGGCCCUCGUCAUUGCCCGUGGAGCGGAUGAGCCUGAGAAAGCAUCCAUCCGACGAUUUGGCCGCUCUGUGGUCAAACCUGGCUUGAACUCAAUAUCAUCGAUUUCCUGCUCACGAGCUGAAAACCUACCUAGCUCCCUCUUUGGGGGCCCUGUCAAUUUGCCGAGCUCAGCUGCCAGUGAAACGCCUCCGUCUCGAUCGUCAGCUCGGUCAAGCGAACCCGUUUCUGACGUGAACACGGAGUGGCGGAUUUCCAAUUUUACCUUUGGGGAUCUCAAUUCUGUGGAAGUCACAACCAGUGCAUUGGACAAUUCUACAUUUGCUACUCUGACUGCGGAGGAGGACCCUCUCCUAGCAAUGUCCGGAAGUUCCUUUUCGUCUGCUACCUCCUCACCAAUGCUCCCGCACAUGGACAAGCCUCGAUCAAGUCUUGAAAUCCCUGGGCACCGAGCACGAUACCUUGCAGUUGGAACAAACACUGGUGCGGUCCUUGUCUGGGACAUUCGCGCACUUGCCGCCAAGAACGUGGAUGUCAUCAACUCUAUUCCUCCGCUCCAUGUCAUCCAAACCGAAUCGCCCCAAGUCUCCUGCGUGGCAUUGACGUCCUUGUAUCUGGUGCAUGGUGGCAAUGAUGGCCUGGUUCAAGCCUGGGAUCCAUUGGCGUCCUCAACACGCCCGAUCAGGACCAUCAAUUCCCGCUUCUCAUCCCGCGCUCGUCGUCGAUUGGUGCAAGCGGAAGCAUCCAUGUUUGGCGUCGGAAACAACUUUUUCGCCACAGGGGCUAUUUGUCUGGACCCAGAUCCUACCAAUCUUCGUGGAAUGGUCUCCCUUGGCACGCAUCUACGUUAUUGGUCAUACAGCUCAUCCGCUGCUGAUCAAUAUAAGACUAGCAAACGACGGCUUCGCCGUGCAUUGCGCGGUGACAACGGGGCCAGCGAUGGGCAGCGGUUCAAUAACAGUGGACGAGGUGCCAUCCAAGACUUCAUUGAAGAUGAGCGUGUCGAAAUUGAGCGGCAGAAGAUCGCGGACGAGCGAGAAAGAGCCCACCUGAGUCAAAGGUUCGGCGUGGAUCUCCUUGGUCCGGAUAUUGACGAGGAACAGCUUCUCCAGUAUGCCCAACUUCUGAGCCAGGAAGCCUAUACUGGGGACAUAGUCAAACAGGGUGACUCGAUAGUGGCCGCAAGCUCCGUUGCCAGCUCUUCCCUUCCCGACACCACCGGGCCAAGUUCGUUCGGAGGUGCUGAAGUGUCCUCGUCGUCUUCUCCCUACCAUGAUGCAGCAGAUGAGCAAGUGGACGAUGAUCUUGCCGAAGCCAUUCGUCUCAGUCUUCUUGAUGAGGAGUCUGCAUCUCCACCGGUUGACCUAACGCCGUCCAUCCCAAUAAAGUAUGCCAAGGGGAUGCGACGACGUACCCCAUCAUCCCCCGGGAAUAGGAACGCCGAGAGCAGUCAACGGAAGGAAAUGGACGACUUGGAUUUUGCCAUCCAGCUCAGCUUAGCCGAAGACCAAAGCCGCGCCGUGACUGGCGAAGAAUGGGAAGAGUUCCCAGCCCUUGAAUCGGGGGCAUUUUCAUCUUCGCAGUCAUCGGGCAAAGGCAAAGGAAAGGCCAGGGCAUGA